CUGUCCUACUCUCUCUCUCUCUCUCUCUCAACAAUGGUUUCACUCUCCCAACUCCCAUUCUUCUUGAUCUUCUUCCUCUUCACAACUCUCUGCAACUCAUCCCAGCCCUACCUCCAACUCCCCCUCCUCCACAGACACCCCUCCCCCACCCCCACCCAAGCCCUCUCUUCCGACACCCGCCGCCUCUCCCUCCUCCACUCCCGCUCCGCCUCCUCCCCCAUCGUCUCCGGCGCCUCCACCGGCUCCGGCCAGUACUUCGUCCAUCUCCUCCUCGGCUCCCCUCCCCAGCCCCUACUCCUCGUCGCCGACACCGGCUCCGACCUCGUCUGGCUCCGCUGCUCCGCCUGCAAAAACUGCUCCCGCCGCUCCCCCGGCUCCGCCUUCCUCGCUCGCCACUCCUCCACAUUCUCCCCCUUCCACUGCUACGACUCCGCCUGCCGCCUCGUCCCCCGACCCGACCCGGCUCCUUGCAACCACACCCGCCUCCACAGCCCCUGCCGCUACCAGUACACCUACUCCGACGGCUCCACCACCGCCGGGUUCUUCUCUAAAGAAACAACCGCCUUAAACACCACCGCGGGAAAACCGGCCAAGCUCCCGCACUUGUCUUUCGGCUGCGGCUUCGACAUUUCCGGUCCGAGCUUAACCGGGCCGAGCUUCAAUGGGGCCCACGGCGUCAUGGGCCUUGGUCGAGGCCCAAUCUCGUUUAUCUCCCAGCUUGGUCAUCAAUUCGGAAGCACAUUCUCCUAUUGCCUCAUGGACUACACUCUCUCGCCGCCGCCGUCGAGCUACCUCAGGAUCGGCGCCUCUGAAUCCGACGUCGUUUCGAAACUGAGCUACACGCGGCUGAUACUAAACCCUCUCUCCCCUACGUUUUACUACAUUGGGAUCAAGUCCGUCUCCGUUAACGGCGUCAAGCUCGCGGUCCGCCCCUCCGUCUGGUCCCUCGAUAAGGACGGUAACGGCGGCACGGUGAUCGACUCCGGGACGACGUUAAGUUUCUUGCCCGAGGCAGCUUACCGUUUGAUUCUAACGGCGUUUAAGCGGAGCUUGAAGAAGGUGGCUAGCCUAGUGGAGCCGACUCCGGGUUUUGAUCUGUGCGUGAACGUGACGAGUUUAGCGAAGGGGAGUUUGCCGAGGCUGAGGUUCGGGCUUGAAGGGGGUUCGGUUUUGGCGCCGCCGCCGAGGAACUAUUUUAUCGAGACAAUGGAUCGGGUCGAGUGCUUGGCGAUCCAGCCCGUUGAUUCCGGGUCGGGCUUUUCAGUGAUAGGGAAUCUUAUGCAGCAAGGAUUUUUGUUCGAGUUUGACAAGGACCGCUCGCGGCUCGGUUUUUCACGUCAUGGGUGCGGACUUCAGUAGUCAUUUUUAUUUAUAAACUUAAUAAAAAUGUAAUUUAUAUCUAUAUGUGUAAAUUAAUUUUGCACAAUGUGAGGUGAUGUUUGUGUUUUACACUAUAGACUCAUUUUUCGAGAAUGUAGUAAACCUUCAUUGAAAAAAAGUGAAAAAUGUAGCAGAUGUAGACCUUGUUGGUCCAAAUCCAUUACUAGAUAAAUCUAUAAAAUGCAAUUCUUCUGUUU